AUGCAUAAGCCUAAACUGAAGCCUAAGGAUAUUUCUAAGUUAAAGCUCAAACCUGUGGUUAAAUUUGUUCAGAAGUAUAAGCCUAAGCAUUACUAUAACCUUAAUCCUAAACAAAAGAUUAAGCCUAAGAUUGGGCCUGAGCUAAAGCCUAACUCUAAGCCUAAUCCUAAGCUUAAAUCUAAGCCUAAGCCCAAGCGUAAGCAAAAGCCUAAGCCCAAGCCUAAGCCUAAUUCAGAGCCUAAGGCUAAGCCUAGGCCUAAGCCUGAGCCUAAGCCUAAGCCUAAGCCUAAGCCUAAGCCUAAGCCUAAGCCUAAGUUUAAGCCUAAGCCUAAGUCUAAGCCUAAGCCUAAGCCUAAACCUUAA